AUGGCACAGCAGAAGGCACUCUUCCUGACCUCCAAGCAGGGGUCGUUCGAGGUCCGCACCGCGCCCGUUCCCAAGCCUGGUCCGGAUCAGCUCCUCAUCAAGAUCGAAGCGGCCGCGCUCAAUCCCGUCGACUGGCGUGUCCAAGCUUGGGGUAUCCUCGUCGAGAAGUUCCCCGCCAUCCUUGGCGAGGACCUUGCCGGGACCGUCGUCGACGUAGGCGAGGGCGUCACGAAAUACAAGAAGGGCGACAGGGUCGCCACGUACGCACCGGUCGGCGGGGGGGAACGGGCCAGCUUCCAGCAGUAUGCUAUCGCAUCUCCUGAGUUAACCACCAGGAUUCCGGAUAGCAUGACCUUCGACCAGGGGGCCACCCUACCGCUUGGACUUGGCACCGCCGUACUUGGUCUUUACGACCACGAGGACGGGGCUAUUGGGACACCCAUCCUGAUUUUCGGCGGCGCUAGCUCUGUGGGGCAAUUCGCGAUCCAACUCGCCAAGCUCUCCGGUUUCGGGCCAGUCAUCACGACCGCAUCUCUUCGCAACGCCGACUGGCUCGAAAAGCUAGGCGCAACGCACGUCCUGGAUCGAGACCUGUCUCUCGACGCCCUCGCGGCUGAGUUGAAGAAGAUCACUGCGGAGCCGUUCAAGGUCAUCUACGACGCCGUCGCAUCGCCCGAGAUGCAGAACUUCGCGUACGGGAUCCUCGCACCUGGCGGAGUGCUCGCCGUGGUGAUGCCCGUGGCCGUUAAGGAGGACAUCAUUGUCCCGGAGAAGAAGGCCUAUUGGAUGAUGGCAAACCUCUACCUGCCGCAGCACAAGAAGCUUGGCAUGAGCCUUUACUCGAAAUUGCCUGGUUUGCUCGAGGAAGGCGCGAUCAAGCCGAACUCAGUGGAAUUGGUUCCGGGAGGCUUAGACGGUAUUGUUCCUGGGCUUCUGAAGCUGAGCAAGGGCGUCAGUUGUGUGAAACUUGUCGCGCAUCCGCAGGAGACGGAGUGAUGAUUCACGCACUAUUCACAUGUGUAGCUGCACACUCCCCUGUAUAUUUGUUCUGCAGAGAUCCUGGCGAUGAGAAAGACGACUUUGAGUCGGUCUACUGUGCAUGCGCGGCGAGUCGGUACUUUGAAUCCGUCCUUGUUUGAUCAUUUCGGGCCCUUCGGGG